AUGGUACAGCUUGGGUUUAGAUUUUGCCACUUUACUGCUGUCAGAUUAACCAUGGCAAACUUCAGAUUUGUAGAUAUAGGUAUUAACCUUACCGACAGCAUGUUUCGGGGAAUCUACAGAGGAAAUCAGAAGCAUGAAGAUGAUUUUCCUCAAAUCAUAGAAAGAGCUCUUAGUGUCGGUGUCCAAAAGUUUAUGAUCACUGCUGGGAAUCUGCAAGACAGUAGAGAUGCCUUGAAACUAGCACAGACCAGAGAUGAGUUCUUCGGUACUGUUGGCUGCCAUCCGACACGUUGCUCUGAGUUUAAACAACAGGAACCAGAGCAGUACCUCUCUGCACUCAUGGAGCUGGCCAUCAAGAACAAAGGAAAGGUGGUGGCCAUCGGGGAGUGUGGUCUGGAUUUCGACAGGUUGGAAUUUUGCCCGAAAGAGACCCAGCUGAAGUAUUUUGAGAAGCAGUUUGAUUUGGCUGAAGAAACCAAACUGCCCAUGUUCCUGCACUGCAGAAAUUCUCACCAGGAAUUCCUAGACAUUAUGAAGAGAAACAGAGACAGAUGUGUUGGAGGGGUGGUUCAUUCAUUUGAUGGAACCAAAGAGGAUGCUGCUGCCUUUAUAGAUUUGUACCUUUAUAUCGGCAUCAACGGCUGCUCCCUGAAGACAGAGGCCAAUCUGGAAGCAAUGAAGUCGAUUCCCACAGAAAGACUCAUGAUUGAGACAGACGCUCCAUGGUGUGGCAUCAAAAACACUCAUGCAGGAUCUAAGUUCAUUAAAACAACAUUUCCCACCAAGAAGAAGUGGGAGGCUGGACACUGUCUGAAGGAUAGAAAUGAACCCUGUCACAUCAUACAAGUGCUGGAGGUGAUGGCAGCGGUGAGGAACGAGGAUCCAGUAGAGCUGGCUGAAACUAUCUACAACAACACACUGAAAGUGUUCUUUACUGGAAGCUGAUACUAUAGAACUCCAUACUUUCUAUGCCUGUAUGAUAAAACCCUGACGGUGUAAGAGCUCGUUUUGAGUUCAUCAGUCAGUGGAUCUCUUUUGUGAUGUCCAGGUUUCUCUCACACACUCUAAGAGUUUGAUCACUGUACAAAAACCCAUUUUAAUAAAUAUUCUAUAUGAAAGUUA